UUCUAUUUACAGUUGAAAACUGCGGAUGUUGACAUGCUGAGUUCCUUCUCUGCAUUUUUUUUUUUUCUUACUUCAAAGUCGUGCCAUUAUACGGAAAUUGGAGCCAGCAUGUCUGAACGACAGAAAACGACGAAAACAAUCACUUAAGCUUGUUUUGUUUCUUGUCAGUACGGUACUGUAGUUUGUUUCAUUCCGCAGACUUCUUUUCUCAUUAAGCUUCGUCGGACGGCGUCACGAAACGCAACGUUGCUUGACAGAGAGGGGGCCAGAGGUAACCGCCGGCGCAUCUUGAAAAAGUUGGCCAAUAUUUUCUAAGUUUAUCUUUUGUUGCAUCUUCCGCGGUCAUAACCAUCCUAGUUUAUUAUUCUCUCUUUUAUGUUUUUCUACAUUAUUUUGAGGUUUACUUAUUUAGAUUUGAAAUUACUUUUCUUUUACAUCAGAAAAAGAACUUAAAAUAUCGUGAUAUACCUCCUUAAACUAAGCAUCUUCGGUAAAAUGGUUUGGAUUCUUUUUCAGAUUUGUUGAUAUUUCAAAACUCCCAUUACAUGAUCACUACAUGAAGCAGUAUGCCGAUGUUCUGUACCGCUGGAAUCUGCUGGGCAAAAGAGCUGAAGUGAUUAAAUUCUUAAGUGAGCCUCAACAACCGCAUAAUGGAGUGGAGUUCAGCACUCGUUGUCACAACUGCACGCAUACGCUUCGUGGAGCUCAGUGCUACUCUUGUAAAGCUUUGGGACUUCAGUGUGUUAUAUGCCAUAUUGCUGUCAGAGGAGCCAGCAAUUUCUGUGUAGCGUGCGGUCACGGCGGACACACUUAUCAUCUCAUGACUUGGUUUGAGACAAUGGAAGUCUGUCCUUCAGGGUGUGGCUGUAGAUGCUUAGAAGUUGGGACAUUUAUCGUGGAUUGACUGUUUCCCUUACACAAGGGGGGUUACAUGGUAAACACUGUCGCAACCAUGUGCACACGGGUUAGCGAGGACUAGCGAAGCAAACGUUACCGUGCGCAACCCGAGGAUCGUCGCAUCCUUCUGUCGAGACUGUUCAAAAGAAAAAAGGUUUUACUUUGGACGUAUAAACGACAGUGUUUUCUAGUUGAACCCAGCAAGGCAAAGUCAAAAUAAAGUUGCAGGAAAAUACAUGAAACAUUGUUCUAAAUAACGUCAGUUGCAACGCACAAAAUCGUUGCGAAGCCAGUUGCAGAAAAUGGAAUUGUUAUCUGGCAGUUUUCA